AGUGGAAGUGGUUUUUUUUUUGUUUCUGUGUUGGGUUGUGGACGUUUUAUUUUAAUUUUGAAUUCCACGAGUGGAUUUUUUUUGUCUUUCUUAUUUUUAACAUCCGUUGAUUUCUAUAUGAUUGGAAGGGGGUUUCUUCAACAUUUACCAUGAUUUCUUCUUUCAGCAAAGUGGAUGAAUAUGGCUUUGAGAGACCAGAUGAUUUUGAUUAUAAAGCCUAUGAGACCUUCAUGUCAAGGUACAUGGUAAUUUUAACAAGGCGGUCUAUGCGAUGGAAUUCAAUUUUAAGCCAGCAGAGCUUACCUGAUGGUGGAACAAUGAAAAGAUUUGUAAGGAAAGGGGUUCCAGCACAGUUUAGAGGAAAGGUUUGGAUGAUGACAAGUGGAGCAAAUUUCUUGAAGUCUCGUCAACCAAAUUUGUACCAAGACUUGAUAAGUGACACUAGCCAUCAAAACUGGGAUGAAAUCAUACAAAACGACCUCAACCGAACAUAUCCAGACAACAUCUAUUUUGUACCAUCUUCCGAUGGUAAACUUAACUCAUUAUACAACAUAUUACGAGCAAGUGCAAGACACAAUACCUCAGUUGGAUAUUGCCAGGGUUUGAAUUAUGUUGCUGGUCUUUUGCUUAUAGCAACAAAGGAUGAAGAACAGUCUUUCUGGCUCUUAACAGUCCUUAUUCGCAACAUCUUGCCGAGCUACUAUUCAUCAAAUAUGCAAGGCUUAAUUACUGACAUCGCCGUAUUAGGGGAACUAGUCCGUUCAAAAUCCUCUAAACUUGACCGUCUUUUAAAGGAUCUUCAUCUUCCUUGGCCAAUUCUCGUCACCAAAUGGUUUAUUUGUCUCUAUGCCGAGGUUCUGCCCGUUGAGACGGUGCUUAGAGUGUGGGAUUGCAUGUUUAAUGAAGGCUCAAAGAUUAUCUUCCGAGUGGCCCUCACACUGAUAAAACUGAAUGAAACAGAACUCUUACGGUGUUCUGAUUUCGGAGAUAUGGCCGAACUGUUUAAACAAAUCACUCGCAGUUCAUCUGUUCUCGACUGCCAUCAGUUCAUGGAAGCAAUGUUUAAGCUUCCAGGUUCUCUUCCUUCUUCUAAAAUUGACAGCCUUCGAAUUCGUUUUCGUCAAGUUAACGUCGACCGAUAAAUGAAAUGCAAAACAGCGCUCGAACAUCGCCACGAACAAUUUUCUUAUGCGGUUUAAUAAGGUCGUGUCUCGAACCUUUAUGUGCCGUUGGUUGCUUUUAUGGAUAGUUCAGGAACUUCACAUCGAUUCACUCGUUAUUGCUGUCAUAGACUUCAUAAAUCGGUGUCUGAAAAUGAACUACUUUUUGAGUGAAAAGAAAAAGUAAUUAAUAAGAAUAACUUGCCAACUAUCAUUUAGAACUAGCCUAUCUAAUAAGCAUUCACCGCGCUUCGUGAUUUAUUUGUGACUAAUAUCAUUUUUAUUUUUUGACAAAUUUCCUUGCGUCAUUCAAGGUCAAUCGUUUCACAACGUGAAAUAUUUCUUUAUUUUGUGCUCCCUGAAACGUAUUGCAGUAUUAUUGGCAGUGUUAACCAUAUUACUACUGGUGUUGAGCUUGCAUAGUAUCUUUUUUCCUGUAUGCUGGUCAGUGAUCACUCUGAUUUGGCUAUACGUUUUGAAUGACUAAUCUGAUGAAAUAGAGUGGUGAAGUGAAAAAGAAA